UCAGUGCCUUAUUACACACUGAAGUAAUUGACAGAAUUGUUAAUCACAUUUUUGACUCCUUUUCUCCAUAGGAAAUGGACUGUACCAUUCCAAACACGGUUGGAGGGGGGGUUCGUAAUGAGCGUUGCGCCGAAUUCCAGACUAAGCCUUGAGCUAUUAGACAUUUUUUAAAGUUCACAUUUCACGAUUACAUUAUACGGUAUCCACGUAGUGCAAUCGGAUCAGUGCAAUGUUUUCUUAGUACUCUUACUUCCAUUCCCGUUCGGUCGUACCUCCUCCCUCUUUCCUAGUGGCCCGAGUGGCUGGAAGAAGUUCGGCAGCGAGCUUUGAAGGAUGCGACGAAGAUGGCGAUGAACGGAAGGAAAGAAGAUGCGUUAUAUGAGAAUGCGGACUACUGCGAUAUAUAUAACCUCCAGCAUGUACCUUACGGAAGCAGCAGCGGGUAUUUCGCUCGGAUACAAGGUCCAGAAUGUGUUCUGAAGCCUCCUCUGAACCUAAUGGGUCAGCAUCAGCCUGAGCCCUUCCAGCCCAUAUCUCCUGCCCAAACUCUUGGCCCAGCACCUGUUUUGAUGCCACCAGAACCUCUUGCUUUCCCCCUUUGCAGUCCCCUCUCUGCCAAACCUCCCCCUCACCUCCAGUUGUUCCCAAACCCUGCCAUUACAGCACCCCUUGGAUCCAGCCCCAUACCAACUGAGAACGAGUUCCAGGCAACCGGCAGUGAUCAGGACACAGCACUAGAGGAGUUGUGUAGACCUCUCUACUGCAAACUGUGCAACGUCACACUAAACUCUCCCCAGCAGGCGCAGGCACAUUAUCAGGGAAAAAAUCACAGCAAGAAGCUAAGGAAUUUUUAUGCUGGCAGUCAACAGCCACCUCCAAUACGAAUACCUGAGGAAGGAGAGCCAGUUUCACAGCAAUCCCUCUCCACUCCACCUACAGAGACUGGCACUACAGUGGGCAAGCCGGCGUCCUUUAUCGGCCCCAGCAGGGUCAUCCUGGCCACAGAGAAUGACUACUGCAAGCUGUGUGAUGCCUCCUUCAGCUCCCCCGCAGUAGCCCAUGCUCAUUACCAGGGCAAGAACCAUGCCAAACGGGUACGGCUUGCUGAGGCCCAGCACAACGCCAGCUCCUUGGAUGCAGCAGACCUCACACAGCGGCGUUCCAGGAAAGAAGGGAGUGAGUACAAACUGAAGAACCGCAGGACCCACAUGAACACUACUAUGGCAGUUUCAGGGCCGUAUUACAACCCACGGCCAAGGCAGAGAAUCCCACGUGACUUGGCCAUGUGUGUGACGCCAAGUGGGCAGUUCUAUUGCUCCAUGUGCAACACGGGUGCUAGCGACGAGGCUGACUUCCGCCUGCACCUGGAGAGCAAACAGCACAAGAGCAAAGUGUCUGAGCAGCGCUACCGCAGUGAGAUGGAGAAUCUGGGCUACACAUAGGAGGCCGUCCGUAAGGAAAAGAAGACCGGAAUCGUCCAUGUAAUUCUCCAAGUGCCCAUAUUAGCUUUGUUACAGAAGAGUUGUGCAUUUGCACUGAACCAGUCUUACAUACUUUGCAUGGAAAGUUUUAAUUCAGUGAUACUGAAAUGAAAAGACAGCUACCUCUUGCAGAAUUACAGGUCAUUUUUAUGUCAGAUUGUGCAGCUUUGGAUUUAUGGGAGCAUCCUGUUUUAUUGUACUUGAGAAACUGGUCCCUCCAAGGAUUUUUUUAUUUUUUGCUCCCACGCUAGGAUGAUGGUGAAAGAUGGCAGCUUUUGCAAAGGUCAUCAGGAUCAUAAUGAUUUUUAUCAGUAUUAAAGUUGGAUUAGAUUAUGGGGACUUCCAAUCUACUGUAUGUGUGACUCUGCAGGUUCUGGUUGAAUUAUUUUAUUUUAUUUUAUUUUUUUUACAUUUAUGAUCCAGUUUCUUCUUUCCUGGACCUAAUGUACAUAUUGUAUAUUGUGCAAUGAAUGCCUCAAAAAGGAAAGGGAUACAUUUUAAAAGGUCAGAGGCAAACCUCCACACUACAGCCAGCCUUAGGUUCACUGUGUUAUUACAGGAAUACACCGAGUGCAGAGACCCAGACUGCCAUCAGAAGGUUAGUGUCACUACAACUGGGUUCAUGUUAGCUUCUUCAGAACCUGCUGAAUGUACUGUGACUGCGAUGACAAUAACUUUCCUUGCUGGAUUUGCACAAGUGUCUAGAUUUACACUAAUAAUUAUUUAUGAAUUUAUUUAUGUUUUACGGAUUUUAAGUAUUGAAGUAUUUGCACCAACGAAGAGAGCGCAUUCUUGUGUUUGGUUUAUCUUGUGGCAAAUAAUGCUUCAGUAUAGCAAUCCUGCACAUCCUGGUCCCCCCUAGCUCUUUCCAUGACAAGCUUUCCCUUCUCAUACUACAGCAAACCCAAAGCAUAGCUAUUUUUAAAAGGGUUCCUUUGGGUCAGUCCCUCUGUGCACCCCUACCUCACUCUUCUUAAACAGAGUGGAAAGAUCAGCCACAUGCCAAGACGUCCAUUCAGUGUAAUCUACUAACAAAUCCUAAAAAUAUUUCAAUGUAUUUGUAGACAAGGAAUUUCUGUGGGAAGUUAUGUGAGAGUUUUGUUGAUUUUGUAAGGCCAUGCACAUGCUGGCAGGUUAUUAUUUAUUAGAUUAGAUUAGAUUCAACUUUAUUGUCACUGCACAUGUGGGUACAAGGCAACGAAAUAUAGUUAGCAUCUAACCAGAAGUGCAUUUCGCAGUGCAAAUAAUUAGCAAAUAUAAUAAGUAUAUACAAUAAAUAAUUUGCAUAUAUAAACAAUAUACAAAAAUAUAUAAAUAAUUUGCAUAUAUAACAGUAUAUAAACAGUGGGAGGUAAAUGCAAUGAGUGCAAAUGAGCAAUGAUUGUAGUGGUGCAAUAAAGAAGGUAUUGUUAUCUACCCUGCAUACUCAUUGCUCCUUUUAUUAUUUUGAAAGAGCAAUGCGUGUACAAGGCAAGUUAACUUUCAAAUCAUGAUAUAUAUAUGAUAUAUAUGGUCGAUAAUGAAAAACUUCACGGGAAAACUCCACCCUGAAACACACCUAAAUAAUUCAAAUAUUUGUGAUGAUUUUCUCAACCAAUUUGUUUCCACACUGGUGUCACAGAGCAGCAUUACCAGUCCAGUUAAAAUGUAGUUUAGUUUCCAAACCUAUAAAGACCAGGUUAUGAUCAGUUAGCUCCUAAAAAAUAGAAAUAAAGCAGAAGUUGCUUUUCUCUCACUCCAGUGAUAUUCAAUGUCAUAUUAAUGAGAAAUCCAACACAGAAGUACUGGAGACUGCUAUACAGAUGAAGGACGUGGCUGUGGCAGAGACUCUAAAGGCCAUCUACGAGAUGACAGACAUGAUGCAACUGACGGCGGUAUUAGAUACGGAAGUGAGAGAGCUGGACAGAGUAGAGGAUAUAAGCGGUCUGCAUCAGUCUUUGUGAGUAGAACUGAAAGAAGGGCUAAAUCCUAUUUGUCACCUCUAUCAGCAGUCUUGUGGGUAAUGUAUGAAGGAGUUAAACGCAACAUGUUAAUGAAGAUGUUUAAACUAAAAAGCAAUUUGCACAUGCAUGUUUUCAGGGUGGAUCUUUCCUGUAAAGGCUUCACUGUCAGUGAAUUCUGUGGUGCACAUAAAUACUUGUUUACUUCUACAGAGACUUUCAGGCAUUUUAAAGUAAGGGCAUUGCAGAAGAAUGAAAAAGAAGAACGCCUCUUUUUUUUACCACUCUUCCAUUCCAUUCCUGUGUUUGUCAUUAAAUCAUUAAUGAUCUGUAUGACUACUGUAGAAACACCUGUUUGGUUUUAAUUAGUGGUAAAUAUGCAUAAUAUUUUAAAAUGGUGUAAGCAUGACAAUGUGUAUGGAUGUGUAAAGAGGAAGAAUACACUGCAAGCUGGAAAAGCUGAGUGUCUUUAUAAACCCGUUUCUCAUACGCACAAAGGUGUUGCUAGCUCAGGCCUCAGGCUUUGUUGGCUUAAAGCCAUAAACUUAUUUCUGCUUGCUGCACUAAUAUCAUUGUUUGAGAACAAAGGUUUUCAGGUUCAGUGUUGAAAAACAUGAAGCACAUUUAUCUUUGUGAUGAUCUGGUCACUGUGCAGAUGUCAUGUGUUUUCACUGCUCUCCGGUCAUUUACUGUAUGCACUCUGGUUGAAUUCUCUUUCCCAAAGUGUUAAUGGUCAUGAACUCUUAAGGCUGCACAGUGUUGCCCAUAAGAUCAAGGCUCUUUUAUAUUUCUCCACAUACUAUUGGCUCUAAAAUCAGGCUAUGAUAAGGGAAACGUUCUUCACUGACCGACUUCUUCAGUGCACAGCAAUAAUCUCUGGUGUUGAAUCAAUGCCUUGAAUGAACAAACCAACCCCGUAGAAGUGAAUUCAACACAGUAGGUGUUCAUUUUGCUCUGUCAGUUUUAAACAUUUAUGCUAAAUGAGGCAGAACUACUUUUAGGCAUGUAGUGCCUCAGAUCGAAGAGAUUCUAAGCAAGUACUUUGUUGUUUGUUAGAGUUAGCUGGACAGUCCAGGCGUUUCCUGUGUGGAGCGGGAAAGCAGGAAGCAGUGACCCCCACAUACAAACAGGCUUUCCCCCCAGGACACUAUCCACACACCGGCUCAUCUCGCUUCUCCCAGCCAAAACCAACACUGACUUCCAGAAUGGCCUCGUCGGUCAUUUUGCUCUGAAACUGUGUGGUUUUCUCUCUUUAUUUAGUGAUGAUGAUGAUGAUGAUGAUGAUGAUGAGAUGGAAUAAGAUAGUGCCUUCUAAAACCACACUUUCAUCUCAUGUAUGCCCCUGGGACUUUCCCAGGAAAGAUGUUUUGGGUCCAUUCAUGGUGCAAUAUGUGGCAAUAUUUGAUUCCUUUUUUUCAUGAAAUUAUAAUAAUAUUUAAUAAGUACUGAAGGAUCACAAAUAUUUGGACAAGAUAAAGGAAUAUAACUUACUGAACUCACUUACUGAAGAGACUGCCGGGACGAUUAUUUUCACUGCAUUAACAUGCGUAUGUAUAUACAUAAUGUUUCAUUAAAUAAGAAUUACUUCAGCACUUUUGCACUGGUUUUUAUGAACAUGUGAAUCAGUCAUAAUGUUAACCCACUUGUUUUCGUCCGAGUAUUAAAAGGCAUUUCCAGAGUUAAACCUGUGUCUACAGUGUAAUAAUCUCAUUAUCAUCUUGCUUAAAAGACCACACCCUAGAGAUUCAUAUUCACUAAGCAGCACUGUCCAAAGAGGAAGUCAGCUGACUGAUUUGGGUGACUGUCUGUUCAUCAGCAUUUGGACUACCGAAUCCUGUGUUCUACAGCAGAGGAAGUACAGCUAAUGUGUCAGUCUAAUAUCUAAUCUGAUCUUCUCACAGAGCACAUUAUUCAGAUUCUGUAAUGCUAUUUGUUUAACAGAGUUUAGAUUUGAUCUAAUUAGCUUCCUCUAGCAAAUACUUGUAGAUUUUUAUUUACAUGUAAUAAACAGACUGAUGUACGGCGAAAAAAAAAAUUGGGCUAAUGUGGGUUUUUCGAAAAAGCUCAAACAUUUCACAGUCUUGGUUAAAGAUAAUGUUUUUUUUUGGUUAAAGUAUGUUAUAGGCAGUAAAAAAGCAUAAAAUGUGGCAACAGGGUCUUCUUCAGGCCAACACGAUGCACAAGCAUUGUCUGAGGUUGAGGCAAAUUUUCCCAAAUGCUUUCAAUUGCCUAUGUUGUGAAAUUCUGUCUAUUCGUGUGUGUGUGUGUGUGUGUGAUUUCCAAAAUCUUUACCUAGUUUGGUUCAGUUUUGUUAUUGCUUCAGUUCAGCAAUAACAAAAACAAGCUUUUUUUGUCCAUCGGUGGAGAGAUAAACUGUGAUCCCACAUAAUUCUUCAAGAAGGAUAGUAGCAGGACAAAUAUUAGCCAGAUUCAUUUUAAAUAAACAAUACGCAACUCUUAAAGUUAUCCGUUGGAGCCACAUUUGACAUUUGGCACCAAACAAAAUUAAAGCACCUUGCGGAUCAGAAACGUCGAAAGAAAAUGGAAUGAAACAGACAGGCACAGGCAAUUCAAACCCAAAGAUCAUGUUGAGUGCCAGUGUUGUCAGUGAAGAACAACAAAGGGCAGUGGAUCGUGGAGAAGUGAAAAAAAAAAGCCUGGAUGGACAAAUGCAGGUUCCUGUUUCAUUAUGCUGAUGGAAAGAAUGCUUUCCCGGUAUGCAGUAAGGGUUCUGCAACCUACUGAAGAAUAUCUGAACAGCAUGACGUGAGCAAGUAUAUCCACGCAUAGAUGGAUGUUUUAAUCUGAUAAUGAGUCAUAGAACAUUUCCAGGAACCGGAUAGUGAGUUUUCAUUUUAGCUUAGAAGACUUUAAUUUUGGAUCUUAACCCUACUUUAAGAUGAAAUGGAUGUGCUACUUCUGCAUCUUUUAGAACCCAUGAUUUGAUUUGGUGAAUACUGUUUUGAAGUUUUACUGUGUAGGUGUACCUAAUUAA